AUGUAUGUCAAGGCAAAGGCAAUCAGUUUUUGUGGAGAUAUGUCUGAGACUGAGAGCAGAAGCAAUAAAAAUAGCAAUGACAUCAAGCUCUUUGGGAGGACCAUUCCAUUGCUUCAAACUCAGAUUGAAGCUAUCACUUGCAAGAAUUCCCAGGUUCCACCCAAGUCUCAAUUCAUGGGUUCUUGCAGUGAAUUAACAAAAGCAGAAGCUGAUGCCCCUUGUGCAGAAAAUUCUGUGCAGGCAGGGACUUCAGCAAUUUGCAAGGAGGAAGAAAAAAGUCGGAUGCAGGUGAAUGAGGCAAGAGUAAAUGCUAAAACCAAUUCAAAACAAGCGGAGAACAGAAUUUUAGAGCAAGAGGAAGAUUUUCAGAAGCCAGACAAGGUCCUUCCUUGUCCACGAUGCAACAGUCUAGACACAAAGUUUUGUUACUUCAAUAACUACAAUGUCAACCAACCUAGGCACUUCUGCAAAAACUGCCAAAGAUAUUGGACAGCUGGGGGAACAAUGAGAAGUGUUCCUGUGGGUGCUGGGCGACGAAAGAACAAGCAUCUUGCUUCCCAAUACCAUCAGAUAAUAGUAUCUGCUGAUGGAGUACCAUCAACCAGGUUAGAAACCACAGAUUCCAUUAACCAUCAACUUCUCUCAUGUAGUAAAUCUUCAAGCACUUUUGGUCUUCCAGAUAGAGCUGGAACAGUAUUAAAAUUUGGCCAUGAAGCACCUCUUUGUGAAUCUAUGGAUACUAUGGUUAAUCUUAGAGAUCCAAGGACCUGUGUUGAGAUAGGUUCUGUCAGUGGCAGAGAAAGUGGAGACGAGCCCUCAUGCGUGUCUUCCGUGACAGCAUGUGGUAACCAGGGAAGUGAAUUAUCCAAAAAUAUUUUGCAGAGGGAUGGGAUUGGGUUACAAGGGUCUUGUAGUGAGCCUAAUAUCUCACAUCCUUUGAAUUACUACCCAGUUGCUCCAUUGGUUUUCCCUUGGAAUCCAGGUUGGCGAAAUGCAGCUUCUCCUGUAGCACCACAGCAUUCUCAAUCCAUUUGUGUACAAAAUUGCAUUGCUCCUAAUCAAGUCCAGUGGUACCCCACACCAGUUCUGGCCGUUCCUGGCCCUUGCCCACAAAGCAUUCCCUUACAAACUGUUCCAGCACCGUAUUGGGGCUGUAUGCCCGUAUGUCCUGCUGGAAUGGGAAAUUUAUUGUUGUCUGGAUCUAAUGGUUGCUUAUCUCCAUCAUCCUCUACAAGUAAUAGUUGCUGCUCAGGCAAUGGCUCACCGACCCUUGGCAAGCAUUCGAGGGAUUCAAAUAUUAUGGAUGAAGAGAAAUCCGAAAACCGUGUUUUGGUUCCAAAACCUUUGAGAGUUGAUGACCCGGAUGAGGCUUCGAAGAGUCCUAUAUGGGCCAGUCUAGGCAUUAAGCGUGACCUCAAAACAUGA